GGAUAGCUCUGAGGGGGAUUAUGGGAGUCGUAGUCCAAGUCUUCUGGAAGCCGGCAGGUUGAGAAAAACUGCUAUACUUGCAACUCUUUUGGACCUAAUGGGGCUGUCUCCCGUGCUGGAUGGAAAGGGCUAUGUUGUGUGCCUCUGGAUGCACAAACCAAAUGGAAGCUAAAGGUAAAAGGAAAUUUAUAGGCAAAGGCGGGAAAGCAGGGCCUGGAAAAAAGAAGUUUAAAAAGAAUAAUGAACCUGGCCUUCCAAAGAAAUUCAGUAGAAAAGAUGGGGAAGACACCAAGUCCAAAUUUAAAUCGAAGAAAUUUGAAAGAGGAAACAAAAAGCCUGGUAAAAGUGGUGUGAAACAAGUAAAGAGUAAACAACUAUCAGAAAAGUUAUCCAGAAAGCGCAAACUUGAAGAUGAUAAAGAGGGAGGCUUGCAAUCCAAGAAGCCAAAGUGGGAUGACAUCAAAAAGAAAAAGAAAGAACUAAAGCAGAGUCGACAGCUGAAUGACAAAACCAACUAUGAUGUAGUGCUGAAGGGAAAGCAGAUUUGGGAAACUCUGCGGCGGAAAGACUGUAACAAGGAAAAGCGCAAGAAGCUGCUGGGUGAACUUCAGGAACUACUUCGUGGGAAAAUUAAGAAUAUGGCAUUUGCUCACGAUUCAACCCGUGUCAUCCAAUGUUACAUUCAGUUUGGUGAUGAGAAGCAACGACAAGAAGUAUUUGAAGAAUUAAGAGAAAGCUUCAUUGAACUAAGCAAGUCCAAGUAUUCUCGAAAUAUUGUGAAGAAACUCCUAGUGUAUGGGACAAAGCCGCAAAUUGCAGAAAUAAUAAAAAGCUUUAAAGGUGAAGUGAGAAAGAUGCUACGGCAUGCUGAAGCAUCUGCUGUAGUGGAAUACGCAUACAAUGACAAAGCCAUUUUGGAGCAAAGAAAUAUGUUGACAGAGGAACUUUAUGGGAAUACAUUCCAAGUUUGCAAGUCAUCAGAGCACCGAACUCUGAAUGAAGUGUUGGAGGCUCGGCCUGAAAAGCGGGAAUCUAUUAUGGAUGAAAUGAAACAAAUCCUUACACCAAUGGCGCAGAAGGAGGCUGUAAUAAAGCAUUCAUUGGUUCAUAAAGUUUUUUUGGACUUCUUUAUUCAUGCAGUCCCUAAGCAGAGAUCUGAAAUGAUUGAAGCAAUUAGAGAAGCUGUGAUCUACUUGGCACACACGCACGAUGGGGCCAGAGUAGCCUUGCACUGCUUGUGGCAUGGGACCCCCAAGGAUAGAAAAGUCAUUGUGAAAACCAUGAAGACAUACAUAGAAAAAAUAGCUACUGGUGAAUUCUCACACUUGGUUUUGCUGGCGGCAUUUGACUGUAUUGAUGACACCAAGCUUGUGAAACAGCUAAUUAUAUCUGAGAUAACUGAUUCCUUAACCAGCAUUAUAAACAAUAAAUAUGGAAGGAAAGUCCUAUUGUAUUUAUUAAGUCCAAGGGAUCCUACAUAUUUCUCACCAGCCAUAAUCAAAAUUCUCCAACAGGGUGAUGGAAAUACUUGCAGUAAAAAGGACACAGAUAUCCGUCGCCGUGAACUGCUGGAAGCAGUCUCUCCAGCCUUAUUAAAGUACCUGAACCUACACACUGAAGAAAUGGUGAUGGACAAAGCAACAUUCAUUGUAGUGACUGGCAUCCUCAAGACUGCUGUUGGUGAUGUCCAGCCUGCUAUGAAAGUGAUUGCUAGUCUCGCUGCAAGAGAGAUGAUUCCAGGGGGUAAAGAUGGGCAGCUUCAUGUUGCAGAGCAUCCAGCAGGCCAUCUAGUUCUGAAGUGGUUAAUCGAGCAAGAUGAGAAAAUGAGGGAGAACAGCAGAGAAGGAUGUUUUGCAAGAAUAUUAGUAGAGUGUGUAGGUGUUGACCUUCUGAAGACCUGGGCAAAUGUGAAUCGUGGUGCAAUUAUCCUGUGUCGUCUUCUUCAGAGCUCUGAUCAAGAAGUGGCAACUCAAGUCAAAGAAGGAUUAAAAAGUCUGAUUCCAAAGCUAAAAAGAACUAAAAAUGAUGCAGCAGGAAUAAAAGCCUUGCUGGAGAAAUUGUCAUCAUAAUUUAAUUAUUAAAUGGACAUUUUAAAUGGACAAUCUAAUGUCCCUCAUUUUAGAGGACAUAUUUUUGGACUGGUUUGGAGUAACUUUUUUUAAACCUUUUUUGUAAAGUUGGGUAAUGCUAAACUUUUUAAACCCCUCACAUCAUUAAUUUACCAAUAAAUACUUUAAAAUUGUUCUGAA